UCUUGAAUGAAAGAUAAACCAACACGUCAUUUAAGACAACCUAGUAUAAAAACCAAUUGAACUAGACGACAGUCACUAUCAGCAGCUGAGGAAUUCAAAGGCAUUUCUGAUCACAGGCUCACAGCUUCAAGCAGAGGGAAUUGGUUUCUGAUCAAAUCACCAUGGAAGCAUCAAAGGCUGCUGCAAAUGAACCAACACCCUUCACAGGGUCUGGUGAUAUUGAGAAUGAUCUAGUCCACAAGAUCAAGAAACUGGCGGCUUUGGAAGUUAAGAGAUCUGAGACAAUGGCCAAUCUCAAAGCAUUUCUUGAAGAAAAAGAAGGCAUUUCUGCAAAUGUCCAGGAGUUAUUCUUCGCUGGCGAAGAGCUCCAUGAUGGCCAAAGGCUGCUUGAUUAUGGAAUUGAGCAAAACUCCACUACCGAGUUUGUUCUUCCGGAUGCUUUUAUGAUAGUCAUUAAGAUACCUUCAUGUCAGAAAACCAUUGCUGUGGAGGUGAGGCGGGAAGAUACUAUCAAAUCUGUGAAAUCAAAAAUUCAAGCAAUGGAGCGUUUCAGACCUGAUGAGUUCGUUCUUGCUCAAUGUGAAAAACUGCUUGAAGAUGAUAGGACUUUGGCGUCCUACGACUUUGAAAUUGAGCCCACAUUCUUUUUAUUCUUUUGUCCAAAAGAUGUGCUGUCAUUUUUUGUGAGAGUACCGAGCAAGGAGACUGUGGAACUCAAAGUUAAGGCUAUGACUACUAUUCGCGAUGUCAAAGAAAUUAUCGGGGGACUGCUUGGUGUCUCGGUCAUUGAUCGGGAUUUGUGCUGUCGGGGGAAGCAAUUGGAGGAUGGCAAGACCUUGGCUUAUUACAAACUCUAUGAGAAGUCAAUCUUGGAAAUUCGUUGUCCUUCUUUCCAGCUAUUCGUCAAACCUUGGAGUGGAACUACCAUAAUAAUUGAUGUUUGGCCAUUUAAUACCAUUGAAGAUGUGAAGGAAAUGAUUUUCAACAAGCUGAAAAUUCCAGUUAAGUAUCAGAGUCUUGUGUUUGCUGGAAAACGGCUUGAGAAUGAUCGAGAUUUGGCAAGUUAUGGUGUUGAGAAGCAUUCGACUCUCAAAGUGGUUUUAACACCCUCAGCAGCGUUGUAUGGGUUGAGCCUGAGACGCACUGGAGCCAGACCAACUGAUAGCCUUCGCACUUUGAAACGCAAAAUCAGAAAGAGAAGUCAUGCUGGAAUGAGGACAGUGUUGUACAACGAGUUGGCAUUGGACACUCUGUCACUUAUGGAAUCACCAUGAAUGAUAACGUGAUGGCGGUGCUUUAACGGGUGUUAAUCUACAUCCUAUCAGCUAUUCAUAUGGCCGCACAAAGUGUAAUUUGUGCAUAGGUCGUUAAUAAUAUGCUUUUCUCUUUUCGGAUAUUUUAAACUUUGUUCUGCAUGUUUGGCGAGAAGUUUGCGAACGCCAUGGAUAAUUUGCUAUUCUCAUUUUGGAUAUUUUAUAUGUUUUUCUGGAUGUUUGGGGAGAACUAUGAUGAUUACUGCUUG